AUGGCAGAGGAGGUGAUCAAGGCGCAGGCACCGCCGGCAGCGCGUCAAACCCUGGAUGAGGCGUAUGCCGAGCCGGAUAACUUUCUGGAGAUUGAUGUGACCAACCCUCAGACGCAUGGCUUUGGUAACAAGCGGUACACCGAUUAUGAAGUUCGUGUCAAGACCAACCUGCCCAUCUUCAAGCUGAAGGAGUCGCAGGUCCGCCGUCGCUACAGCGACUUUGACUGGCUGCGCGCAGAGCUUGAACGUGAUAGCAAGAUCAUGCUCCCCCCUCUGCCCCCCAAGGCGCUCUCCCGGCAGAUGCCCUGGGUCAGCGAAGAAAAGGGCAUUUUCGCGCAAGAGUUUAUUGAGGAGCGCUGCACCGGCCUCGAAUCCUUCAUCAACAAAAUCGCGGGACAUCCUUUGGCACAGAAUCAAAAGUGCCUUCACAUGUUCUUGCAAGAGCCCCACAUUGACAAGAGCUAUGCGCCGGGCCUUGUCAAGGCUAAGCGAAAAUAAGCUGCCUGUUUGCGACUGCAUCCUCUCUGCUCCGAUCAGUUCCCUUCACACAUGCGCCAUCUGAAGACAGGCCCGCUUGGUGAUGCGGCCCCUUGUCCAUUUGCUUUUUCCUCUUCCCGUUUGUCCCCGUUUGUCCCCAUUUGCCCGUGAUUUUG